AUGUCGGCCUCGAAUACCGGUGUCUGGCUCCUCGAAGCGGGUGGCAAGUUCGUCGUCCAGGAAGCUCCUCUGUAUAUUCCUGGUCCAAAUGAGAUCCUUGUUAAGAAUAAGGCGGUUGCUGUUAACCCGAUGGACUGGAAGAUCCAGCUCUAUGGUCCCCAUCUACCCUUCCCAAGCAAAUAUCCAUUCAUCCUAGGCGCUGAUCUCGCCGGUGAAGUCUACGAAGUAGGCAAAGACGUGACAACAUUCAAGAAAGGUGAUCGCGUAGCCGGAAACGCAAACUGGUUCCUCUCGCACGAAAUCCGAGACAGUGCAUACCAAAACUACACAAUAAUCAACACAGCCGUUGCCGUCCACCUCCCGGACAACAUUUCCUUCACAGAAGGAAGCGUCCUCCCCUUAGCAGUAAGCACCUCCGCAAUGGGGCUCUACCCGCCAGCUCGCCUAGGUCUCCCUCUUCCCAAGUCUCCAAAGCCAGAGCCUAUCGGCAAAGUGAUUCUCGUCUGGGGUGGUUCGUCUAGUUGUGGAUCUGCCGCUAUUCAACUUGCCGUUGCAUCGGGUGCUACUGUCGUUGCUACGGCUUCGAGUAAGAACCAUGAGUUUGUGAGGUCGUUGGGUGCGAUCGCUGUUUUGGAGUAUAAGAGUGAGACUGUUGUUCAGGAUUUGGUUGAUGCUGUUAAGAGUGCUGGGGGUGAGUUUUUGGGAGCUUUGGAUGCUAUUGGUGAUGAUCAGACUUGGAAGUUGUGUGUCGAUGUUGUGCUGGGUCUUGGGUGUGGAAGGAUCGUUAGUAAUAAUCCGAGAAUUGCGGAUGUUCCUGAGGGGGUUGAGGUCCUUGGUGUGACUGAUACCGCGAAUAUCGGUGAUAACAAGGAGAUUGUGGAGAGUGUUUGGGGGACGUUCCUUCCUGAGGCUUUGAAGGAUGGGACUAUUAAGUGUGUUCCUGAGGCUGUGGUGUUGAAGGGGUUGGAUAAAGUUGCUGAGGGCGUUGCUCUAUGCCAAAAGGGAGUUUCCGCUGCGAAGGUUGUCGUGGAGCUUUGA